UUGUCAUUCAUUUCCUUUAUUCAAUUUGCAUUUGCUGCUGCUGCCGAUAAUGAUGAUGAUGAUGAUGAUGAUAUGGUUGUGGUAUUUCCACUUUAAUACGACCUACAAUGUAUUGAUUGAUUGAUUCAUUCAUUGACAGAAAAAAAAACUUGAAAAUAUGUUGCAAUCAAGAUUCAAUUUAAACAUCUUAAUAAUUAUUUUCAUUAUGAAAAUUAUUGCCAUUGCAAUAAGUGUUGAACAUUCAAAACUGCUGCACAAUAAUAAUCGAAAAAAUUUGUCAUCAACAACGACUUCGACUUCGACUACGUCGAAAACGAAAACGACAACAACUUCAACGACGACGACGACAUCGACAACAAUUUUGAAUGUAAAACAUUUGUCCGGUAAUCAGGAUCUAUUUUAUAGCGAUAAAAUCAACGAUAAUGAUGAUAAAGAUUCUAUUGAAUUGCCAACAUCAUCGAAAACAAAUAGACAGCAUGAAAUUUCAACGACACUAGCAACAAUUUCGACUUUGACUACUUUGGCUACAUCAACAACAGUCGCUAAUAAUACCGAAUCAUCAUCAUCAUCAUCAUCAUUGACGGCAAAAAAAAUUGAAAUAAUUUCCUAUUGUAAUGAUCCAGGACGGCCGACCAAAUCUCAAAUAUCACCGGUACAAUUAACAUAUGUAGAAGAUGAACAAGUACAAUAUACAUGUGAUGAAUUUAUAUCAUUAAAACAAUAUCGUAAAUGUUCAAAAGGAAAAUGGCUAAAUGAAAUGCCAUUAUGUGGUAAAGCAUUUCGUCAUAAUGAUCUUGUACAGGCAUUCAUUUAUGAAGCUGAAAAUGGUUUUCCAAAACGAUUACUUAAUGAAUACAAUCUAACCAAUAAUCUGCAACCAUUCAAUAAAUUUGGUAAUUCAUUUAUUGCUGAAAGAUAUUCACAUCCAUUGCGUGCACAAGGUGCUCGAGAUUAUUAUUGGAAUCUGCUUAUAGCAAAACCUGCAUUCAUACAAAUGAUACGGAUAAGUUUUUCCAUUGUUAAUCAUCUUGUUGAUAGAAAACUUCGUUCGAAUGUUUUUGAUAUUGUUUCCGUAGCCACAAAUCAAUAUCGUGAUUGUAAACGUGUAGCGAAUAAUUCCGUAUCACCUUGGCAUUAUAAUUCCACAAGAUUUGAUUAUUGGUAUUUUUGUCGUGCAAAAUCCGAAGAUGAUUUUCAUAAAGAAAUUGAACAAAUGACAAAUCAAAUACGUAUUGAAACUACAUCGCAAGUGCCUAUUAAAUAUGAUCUGGCUACCUUCAUAUUGGCUGAACAAUAUAGUAAUAAUGAUAAUUAUACGGAUCCAAUUUGUGGAUUGCCAGAAGUUCCAGUUGGAUUAGAAGCACGUGUUAUAAAUGAUCAAAUAAAUUAUGUAUUCCAAUGCAGAAAAGAUUUUCAACGUGUUGAUAAUUAUGGUGGUCAAUUUUUGACAUUACAAUGUGGAUAUGAUAAUCGUUGGCAUGGACAAUUACCAGUGUGUUUACCAACACGUAGUUGUGAUAAAUUUGUAUUGGAAAAUGAUGAAAAACAUACGUAUUUAGUUGAAGUUUAUAAAUAUGAUCGUGUUUUCUAUCUGAAUGAUACUGAAUGGAUUCCAAUACGUGGUAGUCGUGCAUUCUUCCGUUGUAUAGAUGAAACAAAUAUUUUUGUUGGCAAAGAAAUACGUAUCUGUGAUGAUGGUGAAUGGACAAAUAGUCUGCCCAAUUGUCUACCAACAAGUUCAGUAAAAUCUGAAGAUUCGCUAAAAACUAGUUCAAUACUGAUGAUUAUAUUAUCGACAUUACUAUUUACAUUUCUUAUGUCUAGCUGUAUGAUUUAUUUUUUCCUGAAAAUUCGUAACCAACAACAGAUGGGUCCAAAUAAUAAUGGUGGUAUUAUGUUACCUGGUAUGGAACUUUCUGAUGCUGGUGGUGGUGGUGGUGGUUAUUAUUCAACAGCUGGUAAACAAAUCGGUGAAGAAGAAUAUGAAUCAAUCGAUUAUUUGGAUGAACAUCGUUAUGCACCAUAUCAUGAUAUUCAAAAUGACCAACAACAUCAACAAUCGUUGAAUGAAGAACAACAGUCUAUCAGUGAUUAUUAUGAAAGAAUGAAUCCAAAUGUCAUUCGUAGCCAUUCCAAUUCAUCGGCACCAAUUGUAUUGGAUUCCUAUUAUGAUGAUUCUAAUGUACGUCCAUCAUAUCUAGCAAUGAGACGAAAAGUAUAAAAACAAAACAUACAUAUAUACAAAAUAUUAAUUUUCAAAUCAUGAUACAUCAUCAAUCAAAAUCAUUCCAUUCUAAAGCGAUAGAUGGCAAAUCAUGAUGUAAUUUUUUUUAUUUUACUGUUUUA